GAUUAAUUAUUUAAUUAAACACUAAUACAAUAGUAAAAUAUGGAGCCGACUGUUAGGCAAUUUACGUUUGAAAAAUAAAGAGAGUGUAAACGCACCCUUAUUCUGACGUUUACUGUCGUUCUUCCGUCACAUAGUCAACACAAAUAUUGUCUAUAUCAUACGUAUCGUUUUGUUGAUCCGUAACUUUUGGUGGCUAAAAUCUCGUGAUUUAAGGAGAUUGUUCGUUGAAAAGAAUAUUUCCACACAUUGUGUAAAUGUAAGAUCUUGGUGCUCAUAAGUGACAAAUUGAAAUUCAAGCAACAAUUGAGAAGUCAUGAGAAGAUUGAUGUGAGAUUUAGUAUGUGAACAUACUACAGAUGUUAUGAAGGAUUCGAUGUAAAUCCACCUGAAUUUGUGCAUUCUUUUACUGAACAAAAAAAAUAUAAAAUAGAAAAGUGGAGUACAGAACUAAGAAAAGAUGAAAAUGUUCAGGAAUAGGAAAUACUAUAUGCUUGAUCUCGUCGAAUUUCAGCGUCGAAUGCGAAGGCAAUUCGAAGGGAAUAUAAACUAUCGUAAAUUAAUUUUAAUAUUGUUCCUAUCCGCUAUCAUUUUUUUAUACAUCGGACCAUACAUCUUCUCGUGGCUUUUUGGUUCCACAACAAAACCAAUACAUUUAAUGUCACGGUGUAUGGACGAUCGUUUAACACCAUUUUACUCAAAAGCCCUUGAGUUUAAUGCGCACAUUCAACACAUCUCCGACUCAAUAGGUCAUUCAACCCUACCGACAAACCUACGCAAUAUUCCAUAUGUUGGUAAUGGAUAUUUCGGUAUUGAAAUUGACAAAACUGCUGCAUUUUAUGUGAAAUACGGACGACACUUAUCACAACCAAUCAAUUAUCAGCCAAUAGUUAACUUUCGGUAUUUAGAUUCAAGCGACAGUUCAUUUGACGAACCGCACGGAAAGCAAUCAAUUGUUGUUGAUUACACAAACGGUGUUGUAAAUCAUUUUCAAUGUUUUGGAAAUGAAUUUUUCAUAUCGAGUGAUUUUUAUGCCCAUCGCGUUGUUCCGCAUGUAUUUGUUCAAGAGGUGAAAUUAACAAAUACCCGAAACAAACCAUUUAACGUGGACGUCGAAUCAUUUGGACCAAGCACUGAAUGGUCGAGUUCAAAAACGAAAUACAUCAAAUUGAAGCAACCAUCGACAGAAAAAUUAAUCGAAUUUUCGGUAACAAAUGGAUUUUUUGAAUUGCCCAAGAAUGGUGAAAAAUUGAGUGUGACCAUAGUCAGUCAACGAUUACCAUCGAAAAUAGCGCUAAAAACGCGUGGCAUUACAAAGAUAGACAUAAUUCAUGUCAUUUAUUAUAGUGUGAAACAAAAAGCGGACGACAAUGAAUCGGCCGCCAUUGCAACAAUGACACAAAUUGUGCAACAAAACUACUUCAAUUUGAUCGAAAAUAAUGAUGCAAGCAAUAGUAGCCCAUCGAACAAAUUUCAAACGCAAACAAGAUUCAAGCGACAACACACCAAUGUGUGGAAAUCGCUAUGGGAAAGUGGUUUCGAAAUCAGUACAUCACUUGCGGACAAUGUUAUCAAUGGGGAUCAAAUAAAUGCAACCAUUUAUGCCGUCUUAUCACAAGUUCGUUCAUUUGAAUCGGAGACAGGCAGUUCAGAACAAUUUCGAAAGGAAAUGGUCAAGUCACUGGCAUACGCCGAAGGAUGCUAUGACGCAUAUCAUACAUUACAAGCCGGAAAUCUAUGGAAAGAUAUGAGCGAUAUACAAGAAAUGAAUAAAGUAGUCAAUUCAUGGCUAUUAACACUAGAGAAACAAGGAUGUCACAAUCUUAUCAAGGCCGGUGCAAGCGGCGUUCUCCAAGCAAUGGUACUUAGUUUUGGUAGUUUUCGAUUCAGUAAUCAGCAUUUGGAAUUGAACAUUCAUCCGAAGUAUUUACAUCGAGAUUAUUUUUUUCGACGUUUAAACUAUGGCAAUAUGACUCACAUUAACAUAAGCAUUGAAGUGACAGAAGACAAUCAUGCAAUUAUGUAUGUGGCGCUCGACCGAUCUGAUGGCAUCUAUUAUGCGUGCGACGCUGGAUGUUUAGAUGAACCUGUUCCAUUGUCGCAAGAUCGAAAGAUGUUUCCAGUAAAAUUGACUGAACCACUUACAGCAAUUUUGUAUAUAACCCAAGAUAAGGACCAUGUCUUAGAAUUGAAGAAUGCCAUUCAUGUCAAGGAAGUGGCUGAAGCGCCAGCUCAUGAAAACCAUGUCAUUUUGUUACAUAAACAUGGACAUCAAUUGGGUGGUCUUCCGACAUUUUUUUGGAUUUCAAUAUUCGUCAUCAUUAUUGUUUUUCAUAUCUUUUUAUGUAAACUUAUUAUUAAGGAGUAUUGCGACUCUCCAGAUGCCCUUCGUCGCUAUCGAUAUGAUAAACCGUGAACGAAUUUGGUUUUGGCCCAUUGUUUUGGUGGUUCUGUGAUCAAAGUGUUAUUAGAAAUGACAUUCGUUUUUGACAAUAAAUUGAACAAAAAGAAAACAUCUUAUUUAUACACAUUAGAACUGAGUUGAGAAUGUUUUUUUAUUUUGAAUUAUAAUUCAAUCUUAACUUAUGCAUUGCAAAAAAAAAACUCAUGGAAUAAAUAAGAGAAUGAAAAAAAGGAUAGAAUAGCUAAUAAGCUUAAGCUAAUAAUUAUUGUUUCUAAAAUAAAGCGUGAAAAUGUUGAACAAAAAAAUACUUAUUACUUAAAGUUAAAUCCUAUUCAUUUCUUGGUUCAAAAACAGCACCUUAGGAGAAAAGAAACUCAAUAUUAGUCAUAUGAGAACUAAAUAGCAAUAUAUUAAUUACAAAAAAUUAAUGUAAUUAAUUACUUGAGAGA